AUGGUAAAAACUCGACACCAGUACACAAUGGAACAACAAUCAAGUAAUGCAAACAUGGAUACACAGACACAGUCAGACACAGAAAUUAAUACAGACACGCAAACGCAUCAAAAUAACCUGCUACACAUACACACAAACGCCGAAAGGAGCAACUCCGAACCAAACCUGAGAGACCACGUCACGUCUAAUGACGCGGCGGGGGCAAGCUCAUUUUGCAAUCAAAAUUUUGGCGCUAUACUGAAUUCAAUUUUGGAAGGCAUAUCCAAUAUUAAGCAAGAUAAUGACGAAAAAUUCUCACAAUUAAUGACAGACAAUGCAGCCUUCAGGAAUGACAUAAAAUCAGACUUCGCCACACUGACUCAAAAGGUAGAUGAAAUUAAUACACGUCUUUCCAAACAGGUCGACGAUCUUACGGAAAAAUUCGAAACUUUAGAGUUACGACAAAGCGACAAUGCCAAUCACAUCCAUGACUUGACAAAAACCUGUGAAACUAUUAAUUGCAAACUAGAAUCAAACACGCACGCAUGUGACGAAAUUAAUUUAAAGGGAGAUAACCCGUACAAAAAACGAAGAAACAACAAUUUUAAUUCAAGAAGGAAUAGUGGAAACAACAACGCACACAAAGCAAAACAGAAACACUGGCAAAGAAACAACAACACAGAUUACACAAGAAAUGGAACACUUACACCGCACUUUAAUCAGAACGACAACCAGUAUUAUGUGAGACAGUGGCAAACACCGCAACCGCCACCACGAAAUCAUGUUCAGAUGCCACAAGGGAAUUUUGUGCAAACAAGCAACACAAACCAACAACCCUUAGCAGAGUAUGCUGAUACAAAAACAAGACAAGCUGACAGACUAAAUGACCGGAGACAAUUGCUGCUCUGA